AACCAGCACUUAUUAUCAAAGGGCGGCUGGGAGCAAGGCAUUUCAGCGUAUCUGGAAAUGUGUGGCAAUUUGUAAACGCUCCCGAGGAGACCUGAGAUCCUGGCUGCAAGGUAAGCUGAGCCGGGUGGGAACGGUUCCCCGACCCAAGCCCUGCUAGAGCCCGGAGCCUCCAGCCCGGGGCCGCUUCCGGAACCCGUGCGUGCCGGCCUGGCCACUCCGGGGGCGGGGCGAGCGCCGCGCAUGCGCCGGGGUUGGACCGCGCCGGGCCGGGCUGGGGGCGCGCGCUCUGUGAGCUGGAUGUCCGGGCUGCGGGCGCUGCUGGGGAUCGGGCUGCUGGUUGCGGGCUCGCGCCUGCAGCGGAUCGCAACCCAGACCAGCGCCUGCCGCUCGGGACCGACCUGUUGGGGACCACAGCGGCUGAACUCGGGUGUCCGCUGCAACUCAGAGGUCAUGGCGAGCACGGCGGUGAAGUACCUGAGCCAGGAGGAGGCCCAGGCCGUGGACCAGGAGCUAUUUAACGAGUACCAGUUCAGCGUGGACCAACUUAUGGAGCUGGCCGGGCUGAGCUGUGCCACAGCCAUCGCCAAGGCAUAUCCCCCCACGUCCAUGUCCAGAAGCCCCCCUACUGUCCUGGUCAUCUGUGGCCCGGGGAAUAAUGGAGGAGAUGGUCUGGUCUGCGCUCGACACCUCAAACUCUUUGGCUACCAGCCAACCAUCUAUUACCCCAAAAGGCCUAACAAGCCCCUCUUCACUGCGUUGGUGACCCAGUGUCAGAAAAUGGACAUCCCUUUCCUUGGGGAGAUGCCCUCAGAGCCCAUGGUGAUUGAUGAACUGUAUGAGCUGGUGGUGGAUGCCAUCUUUGGCUUCAGCUUCAAAGGUGAUGUUCGGGAACCGUUCCACAGCAUCCUGAGUGUCCUGAAGGGACUCACCGUGCCCAUUGCCAGCAUCGACAUUCCCUCAGGAUGGGACGUGGAGAAGGGAAACCCUGCAGGGAUCCAGCCAGACUUGCUCAUCUCCCUUACGGCACCCAAAAAAUCUGCAACCCAGUUUACUGGUCGCUACCAUUACCUGGGGGGUCGUUUCGUGCCACCUGCUCUGGAAAAGAAGUACCAGCUGAACCUGCCACCCUACCCUGACACCGAGUGUGUCUAUCGUCUGCAGUGAGGGAAGGUGGGUGGGUAUUCUUCCCAAUAAAGACUUAGAGCCCCUCUCUUCCGGAACUGUGGAGUCCUGGGAGCUCCUCUGGCAAUAAAGGUCAGUAAGUGGUAGAAGUCAGAGAGCAACCCUGGGGAUUGGGUGCCAUCUCUCUAGGGGUAACACAACAGGCAAGAGAUUGCCAUGGUAUUUGGGAACAAUGAAAGUUGACUGUCAGAUGCCAA